AUGGCAACUCAAGAGCAUGAAAUGCAGGUGGCUAGAGCGUCAGUUACCCUCCGAAAGCCAGAAGAUUGGUCGAAAUGGCUGUUCACGAGGAAGAUAUCCGCAGACCGGAAUGGUCUGUGGGAGUACGUUAACCCAGAUCUUUCGCCAGAGAGGCUGAAGAUGCUGGAAGACGAGAGACCUAAAGAGCUUGAAGUGGGGAGAUUUCGAAAUCCUCUUACAGAAGAGCAGAUCAACAUCCCAGACUUAACAGCGACAGAGCUCGCUACGUAUAACUCAUGGGCUAGACGAUUCGAUCGCGACGAGGCCAUGUGGCUCACGAAGGAGAAGGCUUUCUGA